CAACCAUUUCGCAGGAGUAGGGGUCUAGUUCAGCGUGUGAUGUUCCACCCUAUAAAGCCCUUAUUCUUCGUUGCGACUCAAAGAUUUGUGCGCAUCUAUAAUUUGGUAAAGCAAGAAUUAAUUAAACCAUUGCAGUCAGGCGUUAAAUGGAUUUCAAGCUUAGAUAUUUACCCAAUGG